CCCGCCGGAGGAGCAGACCGGGAGCUCCAGCUAAAGUUUCCUCUCGUCUCCGCUCUCCGGGAUUUGUUGGCUGAGAUAACCCGGGCCGAGCCGCGCUAACCGCCCUCUCAGGUUAUUGGAGGCUUGAGGCUCACACGCCCAGAGGAGGAAGAGGAGGAGAAACUGGGCUGAAUGUGAGAGGACGAAAACAGCAGAGAGGAUGAAGAAUUUUCUGUGCUGACGUACGAGGUGUGUUGUUUCUGUGGAUGAAGUCAGAUCUGGAGCAGCUCACACUUCAGGACUGACACACCGACAGGAAGGAAGGAAACAAAGAGGAAGGAAGCAGGGGCCAGGAUGACGAGCGCGGCCCCGGCGAGGAAGCCGUACCGUAAGGCUCCACCGCAGCACCGCGAGACACGCCACGCCCUGCCCACCGCUCCACCCCCACCCACACCGCAGCCCGACAUCAAUCAGGAGGCCUUAUCAGACUCUGACAGGAUCAGAAUCCUCCAGCAGCAGAAUGAGGACCUGCGACGCCGCCUCUCUCUCUCCACCCACAAGAUGGAGGCCAUGGAGGCGGAGUUUGACGGAAACCGUCACUACAUGGAGGCGGAGCUCAGCCGGACCAGAGAUGACCUGGACAAGAUGAGGGACAAGUUCCGCAGACUCCAGAACAGCUACACAGCGUCUCAGAGAGCCAAUCAGGAUCUGGAGGAGAAGCUUCACGCUCUGCUACGGAAGGUGGAGCGGGACAAAAAGACAAUGGACCAGGAGAUCGUGGAGCUCACCAACAAACUGCUGGAUGCCAAAAACACCAUUGACCGACUGGAGGAGCUCAAUGAGCGUUACAGGCAGGACUGUAAUUUGGCCGUUCAGCUGCUCAAGUGCAACAAGUCGCAUUUCAGGAACCACAAGUUUGCUGAUCUGCCCUAUGAACUCCAGGACAUGCUGAAUAAACACAUGAAGAGCAGCCUGCCGGAGGGGGGCCCUGGCUCUGCCCCCGGCCCUCAGGACCCGGACACGCUCAGUUUGACUCCUGCCGACGUUGUGCCAACCUCGGUCAUCGCCCGGGUCCUGGAGAAGCCUGAGCCGCUGGUCCUGAACUCCGCCCAGUCCAGCAGCUGCGGCCGGCCCGUCGCUGAGGACGUCUUCGUGCACGUGGACAUGACGGGCCCUGCAGCGGGGGCCGAGGGCCGGGCCCGGGAGAACGGCGGGGGUCAGGAGGUGUCGCAGCAGAACGGGUCGUGUCGCAGUCAGAGCAGUCUGGACGGGCAGUCAGGUGGCGAGGAGGUGGGCGGGGCUCCGUCCUUCGAGAAGCUGAACCCGUACCCUCCGCCGCCGCCCCCCCACCCCCUGUACCCCGGCCGCAAAGUCAUCGAGUUCUCGUCAGACGACAAAGUGAAGAUCCCCAAAAACUCGCCGCUGCCUAACUGCACCUAUGCCACGCGGCAGGCCAUCUCUCUCAGCCUCGUGCAGAACGAUGACGAGCGGCUCGCCCCCGGCAGCCCCGCCCCCUCCUCAUCCUCAGGCUGUGGGGGUGGAGUCCACCAGCGCACGCCGCCAUCACAGCAGGACGCCGCAAGUGAGCCGCAGUCCAGCCAGUCCAGCCCCUUCAGCAGCCCGCCACAGGCGCCCAGCGUCCUGGCGAGCUCCGGCAGCUCGGAGGAGGACCUCCUCUCCAACUGGCAGCGGAUGUUCGUGGAGAAGAUGGCGCCGUCCUGCGACAGCUCUCUGGUCCACCGCACGUCGUUCAGCAGCCAGACGGCUCAGGAGCUGCAGAGGAGGAGGCAGCCGGGGGGGGGCGGGGCCUCCUCUGACCGCCACAGGGCGGAGUACUCGGACGGCGAGGAGGGAUCGUCGGCGAGGAGCUGGACGCCGAGCCGCGGCUCCAGCCUCGACACUGACACGGACACCGAGCCGCGGUCCGGCCGGCGGGGGCGCUACGGGGGGGAUGGCUCCGUGGAGGAGGGGGAGAGGCUGUUGAUGAACCUGGAGGACGACGGCGGCAGCGGGGACACGGCAAUCACCGUGGCGACCUGCCCUACCGAUGCCCACGGGAAGGAGCUGGAGGAGGAGGAGGAGGAGGAGAGCUCGGCCGAGGAGAGAGACGUCCUCCCCCACAACCUGCCCGUCAUCUCACCCCGCCUACUGGACUUCGACCCCGCCCUUGCCGCUGCCACGCCCUCACAGCGGCCCCAGAAGAGUCCGAAGAGGAUGGGCGUCCACCACCUGCACCGCAAAGACAGCCUGACCCGAGCCCAGGAGCAAGGCACGUUGCUGGACUGAUGCUCGCUCUCCACUGUCUGAGCACGCCUCGCUCGCCCCUCACUGUGCUCCCUCAGCUGCUGUCUGUCUCCAUGGCAACAGACCUGUCCAUCACAGUGGUCAGAGGUCACGCCCAUCCAGGAUAUAGCCAUACUCUACCGUAUGCUGCCGAGCUCGCCGC